AUGACUUUCGACAGGGACCUCCGUGAUGAUGAGUGCUAUUCACCAUUCGGCUAUGAAGAUGUCUAUGGUUUUGGGGGCCUGAAUGGCUACCGAUUUGGGAGCCCAUAUGGCUACUACCGGGACCAGUACCGAUAUGGGACCCCAUUCAGCUACAGAAGCUUUGGGAGCCUGUAUGGGAACAGAGAUUUGAUUGGUUAUGGGGGCUAUUACGGGUACAGGGACUUGUACGGAUUUGGGUAUGGCUACCCCUUCUCUUCUCGCUUUGGAAACAGAUACAACUAUUGA